UACUUGCGAUGUUAUUAACCGUAUUCAGUCAAAAUUUAAAAAAUGUACAAUAUGUCUUUACCUGCUACAUAACCUUGACAACAAUUCGUUUUAAUUAUAAGCAAUUUACAAGCAAAUAAUAUCAUACCUAAUUAUUGAGUUUAAAUUACAAAAUGGAAGUUGACUCUGAAGAGGUAAAAAGGCACUUGGACAUUUUAGGGUAUACACACAUAGAACCCAGUCUGCUAAAUGAUUUCAUAGAAGAUUUGAAAAAGAUCAUUGAAUACGACCGAAAACACAACAACGUCAGUCAACUAUCCGCGUCGCUGUACAAAGACUGGGAUCAGAGUUACUCCCAGAGGAUGAAAAAUAGUACUCCGAAUAAAAACGCCAUCGAUCGUAACCGUACCACAGACAGAAACGAACACGAAGAUGAGGCCAACCUAAUGACAAAACGUAAAAAUCAAAACUGUAUCUCACAAACUUCAAAAACUAUAGAUCUUCAUAAUACGACUCCAUUGAAUAAGAGAUCUAAAUGUGAAUCCGAAUUUACGCCGACAAAAUGCUAUUUUUGUGGAUGUAUACCAAUGGAAAAUCAACCAAGAAUGAAGGUGAAACACAGUUUGAACCCAUUGCACACUUUACACCUCGGUAUAACAUUUGAUAUUGAAUUUUAAAAACAAAAUAAGACAAAAAAAAAGUGAAGUCAUUAAUUAUUAAUUAGUUGAUACAAACAUUGUAGUAGAUAGAUAACACUAAAAUAUAGAAAUUCUGUAAAAUACAA